GCCCCCUGCCAAUGCGACACCCCCACCCGGCCUGCUAAACGCUAACGGCCGUAUUUUGCCUGACCGCGCGGCUAACACGAUGAGCCAGAUGAACUCGCCUGUGGGCGGUGCCGGGCCUGGGGCCGGCGGCAACUUCCAGCUCCCUCCGGGUGCUUGGGGGCAAAUGCUUCCCCCAGGUGGGAAUACCGUGCCCCCCACCGGGCAUGGCCUUGUCCAGGGCCACCCUGGCAGCCUGGGUAUGGGGUUGGCAGCGGCGGCGGCGGCGGCGGCGGCAGCGGCGGCGGCGACAGCCCCGAGCCCCGCCCCGGGAGGCAUGCAGCACCUCGGCCCCGGCGCCUUCCCACUGGCCAGCCCGCCAGCGAGUCCCAGGCCGCUGAUGAGCAUGUUUGCCCGACCGGUCGCCAAUCCGACCGGCCUCUUUGCCGCUGGUUCCGGCCCCGGCGUGGUCCCCCUGCUUGGAGCCAUUCCCCCGGCUGGAUUGGUGAAUUUCCACAGCCACCACUAUCAACAGCAACAGCAGCCGCCGCCGCCGCCGCCGCCGCAGCAGCAGCAGCCACAGCAGUUACUGCAGUCGGUCUCCAUGCUGCCGGUGUCCAGUCCUAUCACGCCAGCUGUUGCAAGUUCGCCCCUCGACAAUUCCGCAGCCGCGGCAGCAGCAACAGCAGCAGCUCAAAUGUCGCCUGCGCCCUCGGCGGGGCCAGCGACAGGGGCCACGGCGUUUCCCCCUGGCCCUGCCCCAGCCCACGCGUCGGCGGAUCCAUCACCAGCUGGGACCUCGGCCCUUGCUUCAGCUCCGGCUGUGGAUCUGGCCGUGACCCCGGCCCCGGUCCCGGCCCCGGUCCCGGUCCCGGUCCCGGCCUCGAUCCCGACUCCGGCCCCAGUCCCCACUCGACAAUGGUGGCACCCAGUGUCGGCCGAGGCGGCGGCCACCUUCCGGGAGCACCUUGUCCAGUGGCAUGCUGCCUCGCUAGUAGAGCUCGCCGGGCCUGGGCACACUGCCUCACCGGCCAUCCUGGCCCGGGCGCGUGCCCUCGCGGCCGACAUUGCCCUUCCCCAGACAGCCGUCACUCUGGGCCCGGGGGGUGCGACACCGGCCGCCGUUCCCCAAGUGGCCCCGCUGUCGGUCCCGCUCCUGGCGCUGGUGAUCGCGGUGCAGCAUUAUGGCGGCGCGGACCUGGUAUCCUCCACCGGGCUCUGGCCCGUGAUUGCGGUUGGCCUGGCUCUGGGCAUGGACCCGGCCGACUCUGCCAACUUGAGCCUUGUGACGUCACUGACCCCGACCCCGGCGGCGGCUGCCUCUCUUGGGGCCAUCAUCCGCGACCGGUGGCAGCGGUCCCUGGCGCCUGUGGGCCGGCUCUCCCUGGCCGAGGCCCUGAGCGGAGCGCAGCCCCUGCUGAACCUUGCCCGGCCCGGGGCGUUGCUGCUCGGCCGGGAGGAGACCGCGCAUCUGGAGGUCCCCGCACCGCCUGUCAAUUGCGGGGCCGGGGUCUGGCUCGAGCGGACCCAGGCCCUGCGCUACGCCAUGGCCAACCCUCGGGACCGGUCGACGCCGGCCAGCAUGGACGGGGCCUUCGCCGUGGAGUGGCGUGCCCAGGAAGAGGCGGCCGCAUGGGCCGCUCUCGGUCCGCGAACGCUGGUGGCCACGCGCCUGCGCAUGGCACUCAAGUCGCGGCUAUUUAACGAGGUGACCUGGGCCCUGCAGGGUCUCCUGCGUCUGGCCUCGGUGGCUCCAGCCAACUCUCUCACCUCGUCCAUCCGCUUGGCGGACCUCUUGGAGCCCAUUUGCGUGGUCGGCGGCCUGCGCCUGGCCGUCUCGGAUGCCGCAUCUUCCGCUCCCCUUUCGCGGGUGACGCUUCUGUCGGCCCGAGUGCUGGCCACCCUGGCCAUGUCGGACCCGGCGCUGGUGGCCGGCAGCCGGCUGGCCGUGCGGGCAUUGUUGGAACUGACCGACCUCGGCUGGGACGCCCAGGAGCCGGUACCUGGUGCCAACGCCGGCUCGGACACCGUUUCACCCACGACCUCGGCUUGGAGCGCGGCCUGGCUGGAGGUGCCGCUCGGCUUGUCGGACCGGGUGGCGGCGGCGGCGGCCGGGCGUGCCGGCCUCCUGGCACUGGUGAGCAGCGGGCACCCGAUCGCCACCACGCCGGGGGACCACCGGCCGCCGGCCGCGACUACCGUGGCGGCCGUUCCCGCCGCGGGCGGUGCAGCCGCACCGGCCCCCCCCGCUGCCAGCAAGCGCCUCCUCCCGUUGGUGGCCCAGCGGCGGCGGCGGCGGCGGCAGGCGCUUGCGGCGGGAACGGCCACCACCCAGGCUGGCGCGUCAGCCGAGCCGGGCGGCCGGGCUGGUGGCUCGCAGGAUGCCGUGUCUCCGCCCCUGUCGCCCACUUCGCCAGCCCCGCCGGCCGACGAUGCGGGGCCCGAUGUCCCGGGUCUUUGUCCGAUCCUGGUGCGUGUGGCUCAUGCGAUUGGUGCCCUGCGGCGGGUGGUCCGGGUCCGGGCCCGGGGCUCGGCCAAGCGGCCGGGCAUUUCCUGCGGGGCUGAGCGCGACCAUCACUUUGUCAUGUGCGGCCCUGCGUCGCGCGACCGGGCCAUUCUCCUGUGGGCGGUGGAUGUGCUCGGCUGGCGGGCGGUCCAUUCCGACGGAGACCUCCUGGAUGCCGGAGUGUGGGGCCUGUCGGCAACCCACGCGCGGCGCUUUGACCGUGCGGCUGCCGGCUUUGUUUGCGCCCCGUCGGUCUGCCUGCCGGCCGGGGCCAGCCCCCCAUCGGCCAACCCGAGUUUGGCCGAUGGGUCAGACCCCGGGGCCGUUCGGCACAUGGAUAUGGGCCUGGUAGUGGCAUGCUUGGCGACGAUCAACCGCGCGGUGGCUCGCGGGCCACUGGCUGCCUCGGCCAUCAUCGAUACUCCCCUGUUCCAGGGCCCGGCGAGUGGCCUGGCCCCCGGCGGGGCUCCGGCCGCCGUGCUGCCCCUCAAGCAGCUCCUGGCAUCAGGCACUACCGCGCGCGAGGCGGGCCUGGAUGGGCUGCUGGACGCCCUGUUCGCCGGGCCCCAGAGUCCCGCGGGCCAAGGGCUCCCCCCACCGGCCAAGGUGACCCUGGCAAGCUCGCUCUUGCGCUUGAUGGAGGAUGCGCAGCUUCAUCUGAAUACGCUGGACCAGCCGCGGCCGGUGUCGAGCGCGCCCGCGGUGGCCGCGGUGGCCGAUGGCAAGGAGCUCAUGCAGCGUCUGGUGCAGAUGUCGGAGCCUGACGACGUGGCACAUGGUGCCCCGAUGCAGCCGCUGGUCACGGUGUCGGAGUCCCGCGACAUUCGAUGGCUCUCUCUCAUGGUCGCGCGCGUGGCCCGGCCCUGCCCUCGGUCUUCGCUCCCUUUGGCGGAGCUCUCCUCGCGGCUGAUCACCCUGGUUGCCGGGCGCCUGGCUGCACUUGAGCAGCUCAUCAACCAAGCCGAGGCCAACCCGUCCAUGAUGACCGGGACCCGUCUUACGCACCUUCGUGCCCUCAGAGACGCGCUGCAGCGGCGCAUCACUUUCACAACCUCCACCCCACACAUCUCCGAAGCGGUGGCCCUUCUGUUGCCGGGGACCACGCUCGUGAACACCGGGCAUUCCGAGGUCCUCCCGCCCGGCAUUCCAGGCUUCCUGCAUUUGGCCCUGCUGCCGGAUGCCGAGCCCCUGGCUGAAGACGCACUGGUCAAUGCCAUCGAGGCCGCAGAGCUGGCGCAGCUUCCCGGCGUGCCAUCGGCCGGGGCGCUUGCCUGCCCACUGGCGGCGGCGCGCACCUGCGACCAGAGCCGCCUCUCGCAGUCGGCCAUGGCCGCACAUCUGGCUACGGCCCAUGGCCCGGGCAGCGGAGACCCCAAGGCCGGAUCGCUCUGCGGCUGGAACGGCCAAUGCCGGGCGGCAGUCCCAUCGGCCGACCAGUGGCAGGCGCAUCUGGCUGAGCACUAUGAGUUGCCGGUGUCGGCCGAUGCCCUGGCAGGCAUGGCAAUUGCCUUUGCCUCUCCGGACGGCUGUGCUCUCGGGGCCUCGCAGGUCGAUCCUGGCCGCGCUAGCGACUGGUGCUUGCUGUAUCCGCCAUCCUUGUCGCCCACGGCCUACCUAGCGGCGUGUAUUCUGUACACGGCGUCUCGUCACGCGGAUUCGCGGGCCGUGCACCAGGCGGCCGGUCCGUCACCCGCCGCCGGCACCGGAGCGGGUCUCUUCCAUCAGCGCAUGCGCCGGGCGGCCACGCGCGCAGGCGCCGGGGCGGCCGGCCGGUCGCGCAGCACCGCCACGGCCCUGGUGUCGACACCGCUGGGCGGCGUGGCAGCCGUCCAUGGCUCGCGUCUUCCUCGGCGGGUUGGGUCUUCGCAGGUGGCCCUCCCUCGGCGUGGUGACGCCCCGGGGGCCGGUUUGGCCGUCGACCGGCUGUAUGAGCUGGCCACCGGGAGCUAUUGCGCCCCCUCCGGCGUGCAGGUGAAGCUCCCGCCGGUGCAAUCUUACGCGUGUGAGAUUGCCGCCGCCCUGGCCGUCGCCCCCUCGUCGGCGGCCGCCGCGCAAAUGAAUGACUAG